AUGUCUGAUAAAAUCACCGAAAAAUUAAAGGCCUUUUCCAACAAGAUCAUGUCCAACGACGCCGAAGACAAGACCGGCUCGUCGUCUCCAUCUGCCGUGGAACCGGAAGUGGACCCACUUCAGAAAUCCGGAAACGACCACCACCGCCAGGCCCGCGAAGUCACGGAAGACCAGCGCGCCCACGCUCCAGGCUCGCACGUCCAGACCCAGGACGGCAAGCCCCGCACCAAGUCGUUUUUGGAAAGCGACGGCAUCGACGAAUUGAAACCUACAACCCGCAAGCACCGUGUGUCUUCGAUUUCGCUAAGUGAUCAAUGGCGCAUCAACCAGGAUUUGCACCCCAUGACCGCCUUAGACGACGGAACCCCAUCGUCGAGAUCGAUAUCGCGCAAAGCAUCCGUUGUCUCUCGUGGCAGCGUUUCACGCCGUCCAUCCAACGCCGUUCGCUACCGCAAACAGGUUAUCGACCACGAGCGUGUUGCAUCGUAUGCUUUUGCGUUCGAUAUCGACGGUGUGAUUGUCCGUGGUCCAGAGACUAUUCCAGAGGCAAGAGAAGCUCUACGCAUGUUGAAUGGCCAAAACAAGUACAACAUCAAAGUUCCUUACAUUUUCAUCACUAACGGUGGUGGCCGUUCCGAGAAGGCCCGUUGCAAAGAUCUAUCCAAGAGACUUGGUAUCACCGUCACUGAAGACCAGGUCAUUCAAGGUCACACCCCUAUGAAGGAUUUGGUUCCAGCCUACAAAAACGUUUUGGUUGUUGGUGGUGUUCUAGACUCGUGUCGUAAAGUGGCUCAAGACUAUGGGUUUGAAAACGUGUAUAUUCCACUGGAUGUUAUGAAAUGGAAUCCUAGUGUCACCCCAUACUACCAACUCUCGGACGAAGAGAAAGAGGUGGCCCGUGACGUGGACUUUUCCAAGAUCUCCAUCGACGCCAUUCUCGUUUUUGCAGACUCCAGAAAUUGGGCUGCCGACCAGCAAAUCAUCUUGGAAAUUUUGCUGUCAAAGAAUGGUGUUAUGGGCACUGUUGCUCAUGACCCCUCUGAGAAUCACGUUGGUCUAUACUUUGCUCACUCGGACUUUGUUUGGGCAACAGAUUACGGUCUUUCUCGUUACGGUAUGGGUGCUUUGCAAGUGUCCAUUGCAGCUCUUUACCAAGAGCAUACCGGUCGCGAGCUGCAAGUUACCAGGUUUGGUAAACCCCAACGUGGUACUUUCAGAUUCGCCGAAAAGGUUUUGUCCAACUGGAGAAGAAAUACGCUUUCCGAACACGUUGAGAACUUGAGUCUGGAGGAUGCAGACGCCGAAGCCGAAGCCGAUUUAUCUGAUUCGGACGACGAGAGCAAUGACACCGAAGGUGUCACUUUGCAAAAGGACUCCAAGCUCUCUUUGGAGCUACCUCCUGCUUCCACAGUAUACUUUGUGGGUGACACUCCUGAAUCUGAUAUUAGAUUCGCCAACUCUCACGAUUCUUCUUGGUUCUCCAUUCUGGUCAAGACCGGUGUUUUCCAGGACAACAAAUUGCCAAAGUACCAGCCUAAGCAAAUCUGUGAUGACGUGCUUGAGGCCGUCAAGUUUGCCAUUGAGAGAGAACACCAAAAAGAAGUUGAAGAGUGGAACGAAACCGCCAUCGAAGCGCCUGUGGUGGAAGAAACCACUGCUCAAGCCAGAAAACCUUAA